AUGGAAAAUAAUUCAUUUCGUAAUGAUGAUCCUUUGUUGAUUCGGGAAGACGACAUUAAAGUUGAAAAAAAUGAAAUAUUGGAAGAAAGUGAACCAAUUCAACAUCCCCAAGGAAUACCCCAAGAAAAUGAUACAGUGAAAUAUGAAGGAAUUUAUUUGGGAAAAUAUGAAAAAAUUAUAUCUGAACAACGAUUAAAAACCGAAAUAAUUAUCAAGGAUAAUAUAUUGGAUGAAAAUGGUUGUGGAAAUAAAAUAAAUAAAAACAAACGUUUUUCAUGCGAAGCUUGUGAUAGAAUGUUCACGCACCGAAGUGAUUUAAUUAAACAUCUUCGAAUUCACACGGGAGAAAAACCAUUCCCAUGUGAUAUUUGCGGUAAAGCGUUUGCGGAGAGAAUUUGUGAGAAAACAUUUACGAGUCGAAGCAGUUUAGAAUAUCAUGAAUUGAAUCAUACAAGAAAGAAAAAUGUUUGUUGUGAAAUUUGUGAUAAAAAAUUCGUUUUACAAAGUGAUUUAACUAGGCAUAAACGAAGUCACGAUGCUGGAAAAUUGUGA